GAACGACCCUUCCAGAACCAAGCUAGGGUUUCGCUUCCCCCCACCCUCCCGCUCUCCCGCCUCUUCCUCCCGGCCACCGCGCGACCGCAGCGCCGCUCUCGCCGCCGCCGCCAUGGGGACGGAGCGGAAGCGGAAGGUGAGCCUCUUCGACGUGGUCGACGAGACCUCCAUCUCCGCCAAGCUCGGCCGCGGCGCCACCAACGGCGCCGCCGCCGCCGCGGGCGGGGCCAACCCCACCGUCAACCGGUGGAACGGGCGGCCAUACUCGGCGCGGUAUUUUGAGAUCCUCGAGAAGCGACGCACGCUCCCCGUGUGGCAGCAGAAGGAGGAGUUCCUCCGCGCCCUCCGCGACAAACAGACCCUCAUCCUUGUCGGCGAAACGGGAAGCGGAAAGACCACUCAGAUCCCCCAAUUCGUACUUGAGACUGAAGGCCUGGGUAACCGCUCAAUGGUUGCCUGCACUCAGCCGCGGAGGGUUGCAGCAAUGUCAGUCUCCAGGCGUGUGGCUGAGGAAAUGGAUGUUACUAUUGGGGAGGAAGUGGGAUACAGCAUCCGUUUUGAGGAUUGCAGCAGCCACAAAACUGUUCUCAAGUAUUCUGAUCUAAUCAUGUUGUGUUGAACACUAUUGCUUCCUAUCAGAUAUUUGACAGAUGGUAUGCUUCUGAGAGAAGCAAUGGCAGACCCACUUUUAGAGAAGUACAAGGUGAUUGUUCUUGAUGAGGCUCACGAGAGAACAUUGGCAACAGAUGUUCUGUUUGGGCUUCUGAAGGAGGUUCUAAAAAAUAGACCGGAUUUGAAGCUUGUCGUUAUGAGUGCUACCCUUGAAGCAGAGAAAUUCCAGGGUUACUUUAGUGGGGCACCAUUGAUGAAGGUACCAGGGAGACUUCACCCGGUUGAAAUCUUCUAUACUCAAGAACCAGAAAGGGACUACCUAGAGGCUGCUAUCAGGACAGUUGUGCAAAUACACAUGUGUGAACCUGCUGGUGAUAUCCUUGUAUUCCUUACGGGAGAAGAGGAGAUUGAAGAUGCCUGUCGUAAAAUUAAUAAGGAAAUUAAUAACAUGGGAGAUCAGGUUGGCCCAGUUAAAGUUGUGCCUUUGUAUUCUACGCUGCCUCCAGCCAUGCAGCAGAAGAUUUUUGAACCUGCUCCUGCCCCAUUGAAGGAAGGAGGCCCUCCUGGGAGAAAAAUUGUUGUGUCCACAAACAUUGCUGAGACGUCCUUAACUAUAGAUGGUAUAGUUUAUGUGAUAGACCCAGGGUUUUCCAAACAGAAAGUUUACAACCCAAGGAUAAGGGUGGAAUCCCUCCUGGUGUCACCAAUUUCCAAGGCAAGUGCUCAUCAGAGAGCUGGUCGUGCUGGAAGAACGCAGCCUGGAAAGUGCUUCAGGCUAUACACUGAGAAGAGUUUUAACGAGGAUUUGCAACCACAAACCUACCCAGAAAUUCUUAGGUCAAACCUGGCAAAUACAGUUCUUACCUUGAAGAAACUUGGAAUUGAUGAUUUAGUACAUUUUGACUUUAUGGACCCUCCAGCACCGGAAACUCUUAUGAGGGCUUUAGAAGUUUUGAACUACUUGGGGGCACUUGAUGAUGACGGUAAUCUAACACAGUUAGGUGAAAUGAUGAGCGAGUUUCCCCUGGAUCCACAAAUGUCGAAGAUGCUUGCCAUCAGUCCAAAGUACAACUGUUCGAAUGAGAUCCUAUCAAUAUCUGCCAUGCUUUCAGUACCCAAUUGCUUCCUCCGGCCUAGGGAGGCUCAAAAGGCUGCUGAUGAGGCGAAGGCUCGAUUUGGCCAUAUUGAUGGGGACCAUCUCACGCUUCUGAAUGUAUACCACGCAUACAAGCAAAACAAUGAAGAUCCCCAGUGGUGUUACGAGAACUUUAUCAAUGCCAGAGCACUUAAGUCUGCGGACAAUGUCAGACAACAGCUUGUUCGCAUCAUGACUAGAUUCAAUCUCAAGAUGUGCAGCACAGACUUCAAUAGCCGUGAGUACUAUGUCAAUAUCAGGAAAGCACUGCUCGCAGGGUAUUUCAUGCAGGUUGCUCACCUGGAGCGCACUGGACAUUACCUGACUGUAAAAGACAACCAGGUCGUCCAUCUUCAUCCCUCGAACUGCAUGGACCAUAAGCCAGAGUGGGUCAUCUACAACGAAUAUGUCCUGACGACUAGGAAUUUCAUCCGCACAGUCACAGAUAUCCGUGGGGAAUGGCUGAUUGAUAUCGCUCCACACUACUAUGAUCUGAGCAACUUUCCAUCAUGCGAGGCGAAGCGUGUUCUCGAGAGGCUGUAUAACAAGCGGGAGAGGGAAAGGGCCACGAACAGAGGUUGAAGUUGAUGCUUCUUUUUUACCCGGUGCCCGUGAUUGUGCUGCCAGUAAAGGGCCAGAGCCAGAACUCAAGUGAAGCCUUGGCCGUCCCCCCCCUGAUACAUCUUGCCAUCUUGGGCCCCAACCAUAAGCAAAGGCACCACAUUUCAUCAGCAGGGUGAUUAUUUUGUAAACAAUAUCAAAUGUUUGCUGAUGCAACUGUGUAACAGCGACGAGGUCGUAUCUUUGUUUUUCUUCCCGUAGAAGGGUAGUGCAGAUUGGUUGGGUAUCAUCUCCGUAUAAAUGCUUAGAAGACUUUAAUUUUUCUUAUUUUUGCCAUUUUGCACCGGUUUCAAUGAGAACGUGCUGAUAUAUGUUCGUAGUUUUAGCUCGUAUGCUUAUGCUUCCUGUUUUUUCCCUCUUUUUCUGUGACACAGUGAAGUAUAUGUACAAGUAGCAUAUCUAUAUAACCUAUAUAGAUGCAA